AUCACAGCCCUGUGGCAAUGGCCGUCGGGUCCUGUACGACUCUCUCUGACGAGCGAGUUGACGUUCUAAGGGAAGGGUGAACGUGUGUUGAACUUUUAUGUGCAUCUUUACUCGCUCUUUUUGGUAUAUUCGCAAAUUAAUAUGUAGCAUACAGCAUCCGAGGACUGUACAGCAAGAUAUUCUCCCAAGGACAGGAGAUGGUGUUGGAGCAGAAGGAUGAUGGACGCAGCCUCCACCCCCGCCCCGCCCUCCCCCCCACCCUCGCCGACACCCUCCUCGUCAGAUGAUGCUCCGCACAUCUCACACACGCCAUCCGCAGCCUCCCUAGUCUCAUCCUCGCCCGCACCCUCCACCUCCUCUCGGUGUAAGUCUUCGUCAGCGUCGUGUCCUGGAGCCUGCCCCUCCUAUGAACCCGCCUCAUCAACCAGCAACCCACCACAGGCGGGUGAAUCAACAGCUGGGUGCAGCAGCUGCGAGGUCACUUCCGCCUCACUACAAGACACUGUCUCCUCCAGACACAGAGUCGAGUCCCAGAUUACGCUCGACCCUCCAUCUUCCUCACUCCACUUCUCGCCUGAGGUCUCCAGCUCUAACUUAGGGUUGGAUGAGACUUACCUCGGCGAUGUGGCUCACUCCUGCACGCCAGGAGCCAGCGGCUCCGCCUCGCCGCGGGCUCCUGACUCCUCUGAAGCGGCCAGCGGCUCCCACUUCCGCUCCUCGUGGCAACCCCGAAGUUCUUGCCCUAAUCUAGCCGUGGCGUCUUCCAGCGGCUGGCCGCAGGAGUGCCUGAGACCCACCAGCGAGAGCCUGGUCUCCCGCUCCACCUGGCUGACCUCGCCCGGCGCAGGCACGCCCUCCUCAUGGCACUCCGGGGCAUACUGGGGCACUCUGGAGGCCUCCGACGUCAGCUCCACGGAGCCUCCUGACUCCACCAAGUCCAACAUGGGGGCGUGUCAGGCGGGGUGGCAGCGGGACUACCCCGGCGCGGUGUCGCACGAACUUACCUCAUCAACAGCUGUGUCACGUGACACCGUCAAUUCCACAGUGGAGGAAGGCGCGGCGUCGUCGUCGUGGUGCCAGGAGGAGGAGGAGGGUGCCACGGGUGCAGCUGCCGCCUGGGAGUGUGACUCUCUCAGCUGUGAAGUAGGAGCCACCUCCUCCCUCACUCCCUGGCCUUCCUCCUCCUGCCACAUACCUCCACCCAACUCUCCUGUCAACUCCACCUCUCAGUGUCCGGCAGAAAGCAGCUUACAGCUUCCAACAUGGAGGAGUCGGGCAUCAUCAGCGCCAUUAAGUUUAACUCGUGUAAUGCCCACGGCGCCUCCCCCGAGGCCUCCGACGCCCCCGCGCCAGCACACGCCCCCAGCCAGCCGUCACCGAGCCUCUAUCCCACCCCCAGCGGCCGUCAGGCGCUCGGCGUCACCCCCAGCACGAAGCCACGGUCGUGGGCAGUCUCCGCCAGCCAGCAGACGCUCCGUGUCUCCUCCACAGCAGCAUCAGAGCCAACACCAGGCGCUGCCCGUCCGCAGGUCGGCGUCACCGCCCCUCCGUCAUCACGCCGCCCAGCACCCUAGACGCUCCGUGUCGCCCGUGUCGUUCCAGGGAACACUUGGCCACCCGCUCUCUCCCACAGUCAGGCGAAGACCCAGACACAGGUCAGCCAGGACCCCAAGCCCUCGCCCGCCGCGCCCCCCUAACUCCACCCCGGAGCCUGGCCCCUCACCAUCCCAGCAGCAGCAGUCGCCUCGCCCUCACUACACCAAGAUGAGGGGACGAUGAGGAAGGGUCCACGCGGUGUCAAGGGGGCGGUGAGUCUAAGAGUCCAGUAAGCCAUAUUGUGCCAAGAUGAGAGAGAACCUUGGUGCACACGGAGCCAAGAGGUGGGGUCAUAGGCCACUGCAACGUGUCCAUGGCAGGGAACUGGCAUGGGUCACGUUGUCAUUGAUCCAUUGUCAUGAAAGAUUGAUUCCAAUAUCCUAGGGCCUGCAGCCUCCCUGUCCCAGGACAUGCCACUCUGGUGGGACUAACAGUAAGUGUGGAGGCAGGUGGAGAUGGUAUACAGUGAAGCUGUAUACCAUGUUCCACUUGUGGCUUGGUUUACUAUGGUUUACUGUGACUUAUUGGGCAAAAAGGAAGAUGGAAGAGAGAAGGGUGACCUCGGGUCACAACCAGGGUUCUCCACGUUCCGUACCUGGGGUCACCACGGGGUACCUGGGGUCACCACGGGGUACCUGGGGUCACCACGGGGUACCUGGGGUCACCACGGGGUACCUGGGGUCACCACGGGGUACCUGGGGUCACCACGGGGUACCUGGGGUCACCUCGGGGUACCUGGGGUCACCACGGGGUACCUGGGGUCACCUCGGGGUACCUGGGGUCACCACGGGGUACCUGGGGUCACCACGGGGUACCUGGGGUCACCACGGGGUACCUGGGGUCACCACGGGGAUACACUGUCUGGGGUCACCGCCUUGGGUCACCACUUGGGGUCGCCAGUGGGGUCACCACCACGCGGGCAUCAAUACAUAUCAUUGCGUCAUAUAUCAGAGCCCUUAUAUCAUGCAUAUAUUUUAUACUCAUGACAUCUGACUUGGUGUCAGGUAACGUCAGACACCAACCAAUACUUGGUGUCAGGUAACGCCAGACACCAACCAAUACUUGGUGUCAGGUAACGCCAGACACCAACCAAUACUUGGUGUCAGGUAACGCCAGACACCAACCAAUACUUGGUGUCUGGUAACGCCAGACACCAACCAAUACUUGGUGUCAGGUAACGUCAGACACCAACCAAUACUUGGUGUCAGGUAACGCCAGACACCAACCAAUACUUGGUGUCAGGUAACGCCAGACACCAACCAAUACUUGGUGUCAGGUAACGCCAGACACCAACCAAUACUUGGUGUCAGGUAACGCCAGGCACCAACCAAUACUUGGUGUCAGGUAACGCCAGGCACCAACCAAUACUUGGUGUCUGGUAACGCCAGACACCAACCAAUA